AUGAAGAGGAUUAGAGGUGUGCGAGGUGUGUUGCCGGACUCGGCGGCGAUGUUUCCCUUCCCUGUGUUGGCCACUGACUGCAUACAGGCUCAUCGCCUGUGUUCGGCUGACCCUGAAUGCCAGGCACUGUAUCGGGGCUUGGAGCUGUGCGCGGCCGAUGCAGCUGUCUCUCCUCUGGGAGAGCAGGCAUCUGAGUGCCUGGAAAGACAGGACGCCCUGUUGGCCAAAUACCCCUCUCUGAUGGUCUGUAAGUGCCAGCGUGGUUUCCGCAAGGAGGAGCGUUGCCUUCGUAUCUACUGGAGAGUUCGACUUCUGCCAGGGAAGGAUGAACUGGAGAUUUCCCCAUAUUAUGAUUCAUUGAUGGACACCCGCAUGGCCUCUUUGGUUGCAGCCUCAUCUCUCAUGCAACUGGACGGUGAGAACCAGUGCCUGAAGGCCGCCCAGGACUGCGGCCUCUUCGAGAAAUGCGGUUCCCUGCGAUCGGAGUACGUGUUGGCCUGCACGAAGCCGAUGCCCGGGACCUCCCGAUGCAACCAGCACAAGUGCCACCGGGCACUGAGGCGGUUCCUGGAGCGGGUACCUGAGGAGUACAGCCUGGGUGUCCUGUUCUGCCCCUGCGUUAACAACCUUUGCGGGGAGAGGAGGAGGAAGACCAUUGUCCCCUCCUGCUCCUACCAGGAUUUGGAGGCGAGUGGCUGUUUGAAAGACUCAACAGGCCUUUGCCUCCGAGCCUAUGCUGGACUCAUAGGUACCAUCAUGACCCCCAACUACAUCAGCAACAGCUCCGCCGACGUGUCGCUGUGGUGCAACUGCGAAGGGAGCGGCAACCAGUGGCAGGAGUGUCUGAGGCUGCAGCGCCUCUUCACCCACAACUCCUGCCUGCGUAAUUCAAUCAGCUUGAUGGGAAGCCCUGGCCUGCCGCCGUCCGACAUCACUCAGCCUCCCGCUCCCAGACCUUCUCCGCUGGUUCAGGAGGACGAGCUGUUGGGCAGCAAUCACCUGCCUGAACUCACCAACGAUGUGGUGGAGAGUGAGGAGGAAGAGGAACUGAUGCAAACAGUUGAAGAGGAGGGCCGUGAAGGUGACCAGUUUGAUAUCAUCCCUCUCUACUCGGAGAGGGCCACUAUCUCCAGCUUGGGUUCCUCUGGGACUGGGGGGGGGGCAUCCGCCAACACAAGCCCAACCCAACCGGUACUGCUGCUCCUCCUGCUCAUCCCGGCUUCCCUCCUCUGGGGGUAGAUCAGGAUUGGAGGAUAUAAAGAGGACACACACACACACACACAUAUUAAACGGAUGGGCGAGUCAUCUUGGACUAAUUGCUGAUGAAGUCUAACAGGCAUCCUGAAGACUUGGACUUCACCUUGUGUCAGUGGUAACCCGUUGAUUUGUGUCUUCUGUCUUUCAUUUCUUCCCUUCUAACAUAAUCAGUCACUAUGUCUUGUUCUCUCUGGCUUCGGCGGGGUGUUGUGGUCAUGUGAGUACAGAAGGGAUGCGUUUGCUAAGGCCAAUGCAAAUAACAUGUCCACACGAACAUUUAUUCACUGUCGGCUCACAGAUAUUAACGGUAUUUUUGGGUUUUAACGCACUGGCAUUAGCGACUGUAAGCAGCCUCUCAUGUUUCGCCUCGUGGCCAAAUGUUAGAAUUGGAGCUCUGGUAAAAUGUUAAUGACCAAAGACAGAAGCAGAGAUGUUAUUAAAUGGCUGCCAUCAUCGCUGCAAUUUGCAAACCAAGUGUUGUGAUGGAACCACAUGCCAUGACAUCUUUGUCCCAUUAACGAAUCACUCCGCUGUUUGCUAAUGUACGAUUAUUUUGGGAAAUAGAAAAUGCAGUAAACAUCCAAUCGUUUAGGAGUUUUAUUAAGAGAGGAAGCAUUGUGUUCAAAUACAGUGUAUGUAUUAAUUACUGAAACCUAUUUUCGUUUCAUCCAGCAUGUUUCAUGUUUCGCUAACUAGCUUCCACCACUGAAACUAUGGCCCCAUUUGUCUUUCUGAAACUAGAAAAUGUUAGGAAAUGAAAAAUAACAUGCUGGAAAACCAUUCUGGAGCGUUCACAAACCAAUGAGGACAAGUCUGGGCAUGAUGUCCGAACGAUGCCGAUUUGUUUAUUCCAAAUUCCAGGACUCCCUUAAACAGAACAGAACACGGUAAUAAAAUUGUCCCUCACCAAUUCUGACGUGUUGCUGCUGUUACAACCACACUGUACUAUGAAAACUGCUUAUCUGGAGAGAGAAUGGGGAGAGGACGCUGCAUGACCAGAGACAUAAAAGAAGCUGCUGUCAGGACCCCUUCUAUGAAUAAAUAUGUAUUUUCUACAUUUUAAUUUAUUAAAUAGAUUAUUAGAUUGUUUGUCCCCCUGAAUGUGACUGACCUCUCUCUGGUUCACCUAAAAAGAGACGUAAAUAUAGCCCAGUGGAGCAGCCUCCACCUCUCUGAACUCUCCAUUUACAGAGAACGGAAAAUGACCCUCUUGUCUCUCAUUGUUUGACGAACAUCAGGAUGCAAGUGUGUGAUAUGUGUACCUGUAUGUGCAUCCAAGGAGGCAUCGAUCCAAAAGAAUUACAAAGAAAACUGGGCAAACUUUUGUGUUAUGAUUUGAGGCCGUCACUGUGUCGUUCCCACCCCGUCACGUCUUCACACACGCACACAUCGACACACACACACCGCCUGGCUUACGUUAAGCCGACGCAGCUCUUUUUCUCUUUAUUGCUCCGUCUGUGUCUCCCUCCU